AUGCCUUUGCACUGCGUAGCCAGCUUCCAGGUCAAGAACAACGGUGAAACCACCGUUAUCAUCAAUCUGGUCAAUCCCCCACUUGUGGUGACGGUCCGCCCUGGCGAGGCUUCCCCACCAUUCAGUUCCCGUGGAACGUACAUAAUCCAUGCGGAACAUGAGACUUUGCCACUCCCCCCGCCUCAGAUCGAUAUCACAUUCACUCCAGGAGAUCUAUUCGUAGCCAAGUCGAUCAACGGACCUUCUUUGAAGGUCGAAAUUGUUGCAAAGCUCGAUUUCCCCAAUGGUGAUCUUCUUUCGUCAUUGAGCCCAGUUGAGAACGCUCAUCAUCUCUAG